CACAUCAUCCCCGUUGAUGGCUUGGAUAAUAUAUCUGAGGCAAUGAAAAGAAUAGUCGCGACAGUAGCGGAAUUCGUCGAAGCAUCAGGGGAAGCAUGUGGACUUACCUUGUCUCCGGUUGCAGUACACGAUGAGGUGAAAGAGGGUCACGAUCAAAUGGAUCCUAAGCGCCCAAGGUUAGAUGAAGAGAUUAGUGCAGAGCCUGAGCUCUAUGGACGAUUUGUUUAG